GCGCAGCCGCAGUGCCAUGUAAACACAACUGCGGCGGUUGGUUGUGGUUUUUUUUUUUUUUUGUAGCUGUGUCUGUACUAGCUAGCCGGGUUGAACUAAAAGAGGUGCAUUUUCACUGCAUUUCGCUCUGGCCCUGAGACCGUGAGGCUGACAUCAAAGACACUAGGCUUUGUAUCUGUCGAAUGCCCUGCGGGAAGCUAAUCGGGAGCUAAGGAGGUUAGCUCGCGGCGACGUUAGCUCGGAACGGUGACUGGCUUUUUAAUAGCCUCGCGAGCUAACUUCACACUAGCUCGGUAACAUCCGAUCAACCGAUGCGGAUGAAGAGCCGGUAACCUCAAGUGUCCGAGUGGUUAAUUACAUCGGCUUAUUCUUUUAGUGUUGCCAAAAUGGCGUGUACUAUCCCCUCGGUAUUCAACACUAUUAGCUAGCUAAGCUCGGUUAGCUCGCUUGAUAGGCCAUCGACUGACAGGAAACGAGCCGAUACCGUUAACCGCAACCUCCAGUCUGGUCGGAACAAAUACGAAGGCAAACUGGUCGAGAUUGAUUUAGUGUCAUCAUAUAUGUUGACUGAAAACAGGAAACGGCAGCGCAGCGGUGCUGAUGAGGAGAAUGGCCACCUCGUGCCUCGAGCCAAAAGGCAAAGCAGAGCUCAUCCUCUCUCUCCUGAGCCAGGCCGGGAUGCCUGGGACUCCGAGUCAUCCUACAGCGAGACGAGCAGCAGUCCAGAACAUGCGGCUGGCAGCUGUAGCAGUCAAUGUGUCGUUGGCCCCUGCAUUCCCUUCAACUUCGGUGACUCCUCCGAACUGGCCGGCACGACAGACCUGGUUUCCUACCUGCAGAUCAACCGCAUCCUGAGGCAUGCCCACUUCCAGAGCCUGCAGAGCCGAUGUCAGCUCAGAGACGCAUGAUGACCUAAUGUCUCUCCUUGUCAGCCACCAGAGGACUGAGUCCCUGAGGCAGGCUAGAGCACCACAUGCUGAUUCACUUCAAUCGGCUCUUCUCACCCAUCUCGAGUUUCUGUGAUGUCUCGCAGCUCUACAUAUCUGUGGAUGGAGACCAGCUCCUGGUCAGGUAUCUGGAGGGGGUUCAUCAUUCAAAUAAAUCAAAAGUGAUCAUCAUUUUAGCAAUAAUAACUGUGGUCAACUCGAGCAUUUUUUUUUGUGAGCCACUUGAUUUCUGACCAGUCUGGUUAACAUGCUGCUCUCGGAGCCUUAUUGUGACUGAUAGAUGAUGACGAAUCCCUGUGUCUUGUCUUAAAUGUUGUAUGAAAACAGUGCUACUGGAGCUGCUGUAGUGGCACCAAACACAAUUGUAGGCCGGUCAGUAUGACUCGUUUAGUCUCGUAGUUGGGUGGCUUGUAUAAUGCUGAAUCUGGUGUCUAAGUACAUGGACCAGUCUCAGGGAGGAUUUGCACUUGUCUUGGACUGCUCAUUUUCUUUCAUAUUCAGGCAGGGAUCCCUUAACGAGGACCUGUAGAAGCCAUGGGUGUUAACUUGGCCAAUGACGUUAUAUUUGAUGUAUUUGUUUUGUCGGUUUAGAGUUUUUAGAUUUCAAUUAAAUUUAGUGGAGAAUAAAUUAUUUGGUUUUAGCGCAGUGUUGCGAUUUUUUUAAAGGACGUCAUAACACUGCAAGAUGGGAAGUUUUGAACACGUGUGCCAAUUUUUUUUGCAUUUCCAUGGAGAAAAGAAAAUGUGGGGCCUUUUAUCCCAUAUUUAACAAUUAGCACACUAUGUGUAUUGUUCCUGAUGUGGAUUCAAAUUGUAUAUUAGUUGAUGAUUAAAAAUGGUGUGCAGUGGUAUGCGCAGGUGUUGCUUUCUGGCAGUUUUAUUUUCUCCUGAUCGUGGAAUAGAUUGAUUUAUUUCGUGAUCUCGACAUAACGGUCCUUUUUUUUUUUUUUUCUUGUGAUCACUUCAGUUUGUGAUCUUGACGUAACAUAUCUCAUCUUUUCAGGAUCAUUGAAUAAUAAUGCUGUAGAUUUUUGAGAUGGGCAUAAUCAAAUAUCACUGCUCAUAUUUGACAUCAGAAAUGUAGACCGUGUUAUUAUAAACUGAUGACUGACAACCAAAGAGAGAUGGCAUGUAUUAUCACUGAUUUCCCCCUAUAGGGUGGGAAGUUGCACCUGUAGUUGUCAGCAGUUAUGUAACAACACAAUGACCUUUAACACAAAGCAAUCUCGGGUAGAGAUUGCUUUAUGUGUAUGGAUUGUAGAUAAUAACAACAUCUGGCAUGCCUUUCUAAUAAUCAUGAGUACACAUUGAUUAAUGUCAACAUUGAUCAUGAUAACAAAGCUUACUAUGUCGAAAAUCUUGAGAGAAUCAUUUAGAAUAUUUUCAUUAUGAUGAUUUAGGUCAGCUCAUUUUAGUUUUCUUACACCCAUGAACAACCUUCCAUACUCCUUAGACUUUCUUAAUAUUUUUGAAUUGUAUGGAGGGUGGUUUAAUGUGGCAUUUGAGUGUUGGAAAAUGUAGUUAUUGCUGUCUGGGGGGUUGGAGGGGGGGAAUACAGUACAGCCUUUAGGAACAAAAAGACAUUCCCAAGGCUUUGUUUGCAAUAUUACUGGAGCCACUAAAAAGCUGUUUUAAUUGCAGACGAGCCUUUCUGCCUGUGCACUACCAUUUGAUGGUCUGUGUGUGUCUGUGUCUGUGUGUGUGUGUGUGUCUGUGCACUAAACAUCCAGGUACAAGCACUGACCAUAAGGCUGUGCCUCUCUCCUUUUUCUGAAACCAGGAUUGGUUUCAUUGCUGAAACCUCAUCCCAGGAGUGAACUCUGCAUUUUUUUUUAUUUUAUUUUUUUCGCAGACUGUGUCAGAAAUUAAAGCAUUUUGAAGAUGUGGUUUUAUUUUUCUUUCCAAUGAUAUAUUUUUUUGUAUUUAGUAUUGUAAAUUACAUUAGCCUUGCCAUUGACUUGUUUUUCUUUUCUUUUUCUUGUAAAUACCCCUUCAUUUGAAAAAAAUAAAAAUUAAUGUUUUUGAACAAAGA